AUGGAGGAACCUGUGAAGCUGUUGAGUAUGGCUGAAGUGGCGAAGUGCAAGGACAGAAAUCGUACUGUCAUGGUAAUAAACAACGCCGUGUACGACAUCACUGCGUUUUUGGACGAUCACCCCGGAGGCGCGGAAAUUCUCAUAGAGCAAGCUGGGAAGGAUGCUACAGAUGUUUUCGAAGAUGUUGGUCAUUCUACUGAUGCGAAGGAAAUGAUGGAAAAAUACAAAAUUGGCGAACUUGUUGAGGAGGACCGCGUCCAAAGAACAGCGAAGCCAUCAGCGAUCUCAGACACUGGAAAUGAAACAAAUUUUAGUUACUGGAAACUGUGCGCCGUAUCUGUUGCAUUAGUAGCUGUUGCCACGAGAGCGUUUGCUGGCAGCCACCAGCUGAGCCGAGAGCCGCCGGUGUCCGGGCUAGGCGUGCUCGUGGCGGCAAUGAGGAAGUCGCGUGUCCGUGGCGUGCCAUUUCCCGAGUUAGCGUGCGCCCCCAACCCUGCGGGAACAUGUACUGUGCUGCGCGCCUAG